AUCCUGCCGAAUGAAGAUGCCCCUUUAACACUGGCCUGGUUCCAUGCAUGGCUGUUCUGCCUGCAGUUCAGCUGAAGCUGCCUGCUGACUCAUGCACUAGCGGCCAGAGGAACUGGGAAGAUGGCUUCUGCCGCCGCGGCAGCACUUGUGGGCUGGGGGUUUCUGGAUUACAAGACAGAGAAGUAUGUGAUGACUAGAAACUGCCGAGUGGGUGUCUCUCAGAGGCUGCUGCAGCUGGGAGUGGUGGCCUACGUGAUAGGGUGGGCCCUCUUGGUCAAAAAAGGCUACCAGGAAUGGGACUUGGACCCCCAGAUUUCUGUCAUCACUAAACUCAAAGGGGUUUCCGUAACCCAGAUUAAGGAACUAGAGAACCGACUAUGGGAUGUGGCUGACUUUGUGAAGCCAUCACAGGGAGAGAAUGUGUUCUUCCUGGUGACCAAUUUCCUCGUAACACCAGCUCAAGUCCAGGGUAAAUGCCCAGAGCAUCCUUCCGUUCCUCUGGCUAACUGCUGGGCUGACGAGGACUGCCCUGAAGGGGAGACGGGAACGCACAGCCAUGGCAUAAAAACGGGUCAGUGUGUGGUGUUCAAUGGAACCCACAGGACCUGUGAGAUCUGGAGCUGGUGCCCCGUGGAGAGCGGUGCUGUACCCAGGAAGCCCCUGCUAGUUCAGGCCAAGAACUUCACACUUUUCAUCAAAAACACCGUCACCUUCAGCAAGUUCAACUUCUCCAAGACCAAUGCCUUAGACACCUGGGACAGCACCUAUUUCAAGCAUUGUCGCUAUGAUCCACACUCCAGCCCGUACUGCCCAGUGUUCCGCAUUGGGGACCUUGUGGCCAUGGCUGGUGGGGACUUUGAGGACCUGGCAUUGCUGGGUGGCGCUGUGGGCAUCAGUAUCCACUGGGAUUGCGACCUGGACUCCAGGGGCCCUGACUGCUGUCCCCGGUACUCCUUCCAGCUGCAGGAGCGGGGGUACAACUUCAGGACAGCCAAUCACUGGUGGGAACCCUCAGGUGUGGAGGCCCGGAGCCUGCUCAAGCUCUAUGGGAUCCGCUUUGACAUUCUUGUCACUGGGAAGGCAGGGAAAUUUGCACUCAUCCCUACGGCCAUCACACUGGGCACAGGAGCAGCUUGGCUGGGAAUGGUCACCUUCCUCUGUGACUUGCUGCUACUGUAUGUGGAUAGAGAAGCCAGCUUCUACUGGAGGACCAAGUAUGAGGAAGCGAAAGCUCCAAAGGCAACUGUCAACACUACAUAGAUCAAGCUGGCUUUCACACGUGCACCCUGCUGCCCAAGUGUCUCAGUGGUGGGUUGCACCUGCCCCAUGUCUGUUGCUGCUGGUAUCCAGAUAUCUGUGCACCAGUGGCCUUGUCUGGGUGGCUGUCAUCCACUGGCCUAUCCAUUCCUGAGCCACUCCCUGCAGGUUAAAGUUUAGGGGUUGGGAUGGAUAGGGUUCUGGCUUGGGAACAUCAAGGACAAAGCUCCAACAGGACUGGAGAAGGGCUUGGGGGGAUUCCACCAGACUCUGCAUGCAGACUCCCUCCUGGGCCCAGCCUGAGAGAGAGAGAGAAGGCAACAUGACCGAAUGAUUGAUUGCCUAGUCCCUUGGGACUCUGUCUUCUAGGCAACUCUGCCAUUCAGUUCAAGCCCCAAUAACCUGACCCCAGGUUUCUCAGGGGUCUAGGUGAGAUGGGAGGCUACACAUGUAGGACUUCCUGCCAACAAGACAUUCCUGGAAACCUCACUGCAUGCAGAGGCACCUGUCUGCCUGAGGCCCUAAGUCUGGCCCCAGAACGCCAGAGUUUCGAGGUGUGAUCUCCAUGAAGGACACCAAGAUUCCUCGAGCAUAGCUGGUUCUGGAUCUGCAUGCAUGCGGGCUUUGAUUCCUCUGUCAUUAGAGACUUUCCCCAUGUCCCAGAAUGGCAGGGACGGGCUGCAGAAGCACAGCCCUUUCUUGGCCCACUGUGGGGCAUAACUUAUGGAGUAUGCACCCCUGGAAGGGGAGAGGCAGCUUUGCUAUGGACGCACAGUAACCCAGGGAGUCCCAUGGCUGAGGCCAAAGCUGCACCAAUGUCUAGGAUCACCUGGCUUCCAGCUCCUCCAAAAAAGCUUUGGAGUCCUGAUGCCUCUCAGCCCUUAGGGCCUUGGCUUGCAAACCACAGGGUGGGAAGGCCUGGUUAUGGCAGGUGGGUCACGUGGACCCAGUAGUCCUCGGAGAUCCAAAGAACUCUGACAUCACUGCUGAAGUAAAAGUGCCAAAGCAA